UAAAAAUACGUUAAUUGCAUAUGUUAUCACGCCACCACAUGAUACGUACAUGCCUCACUUUAAGGACGUAAUUACACCCGCAUUUCGGACUCCCAUGUCUUCCUUUGAAUUAGUUUAAUGUUUCGAAGUUGCAAACUGUAACAGAGUAGGUCUUUAUAAGUUGGCACAGUGUUGUGGGUCGGAGAGCCUGUGCGUCGUUCAGUCGUUAAGUCGAGUCCGAUUCUUCGUGACCUUCAUGGUCCAGAGGGUUUUCAUGGCAAGAUACGGAAGUAGAUUGCCAAACCCUUUCUUCUGCGCAGAUACUGCUGCUGCCCGGGUUGGGACCUGGCUGGGUUUGAACUCACGACCAUCUGCCUUGAAGUCCAGUGCUGAUGCUGCUACACCACCGGCCGGUACUGUUCUAUGAAAUCUUGGCAGGAGUCGGUACGAGGGUGAAAAGUGUCUAGUCUGGCAACGCCACUGUACAGGAACCGCUUUGUAGAGUCCUGAGCACCAAAUGGCAGUCUGAGGAGGGAGAGCAGUAAAUCACACAACAUUCAUACAAGCCGGGGUUCGGGUAGGCAAGACAUCCCAACCGCACGGGUUUGGCAGGACUGAAGUCUUACACACUCUAGACACGUGGAGCCCGAGAAAGGUGGGCUUCUCGCCGUGGAGUCCAGUGGCUGUUAGCGAGGGGUUAACGAGCCACAUUUCCAGAGAUGCCCCGUAAAAAGGGGUUUCAGAGCUGGUGCUGCAGAAUCACGCUACAAUGACGGAGGUGGAACCUGUACUGGAUUUUGCUACGUCAGGGCGGACAGGCCGAAGAAACGCUUUGCCUGACAUCCUCGGCUCCCCUGCAGGGGUCAGUCCAUCAGAACUCCCCAUGAAGCUAGCAGAAUUAUCCAUAAAUGCAGAAGGAGCAGAAGGCGCUCAGACCCCUUCGACAGAGGUACCACCAGAAUCAACAGAGAGUCCAGAGCUGAAAGACGCAUCGUAACACGCUGAAAGGAAGCCCUUACACUAAAGACAAAAAAGUGUUAAUAAAGCUUUAAAUAAGUGAUCUGAAUACUGUCAGGAUUCCUUGAAGCUACAUGCCAAGUUCACCUGUGAGGGCAGCACAAUGAUGGGUGGUGAUAAUGUAUAGAAAUGAACAAAAAUAAAUAAUUCAAUGUUACAUCUUGAGAAGGAAGUGUGGGAAGAUGACCAUGAGGAAGAUGGAGUCAGGAACUUAAUCUUCAAGCUCAACUUUUAAUGAACUAUCACUUGGAUUAAGAUUUAGAGAACAAUGGCAUAUCGUGUUUCAGUUGAAUUGCAACCUGUCUUUUUGUGCUCUAGAGCAGAUAUUUUCCUUUUCUCAGUAUAAAUCCUGAUAUAUCUGUCAAAAGCAGCAAUUAAAUGUAUACAACUACUCCUAAAUGUAUGACAACCUGGUUUUAAAGUCUUCAAAUUGCAUUAUGGACUUCGAUUCCCAACCCUUCCCCCUCCCCGAGUGUAAAAAAUGAUUUAAAGAUUUCAGCUGACAUAUCAAGAAGUCCAUUUUGUAUGCCUGCACUUGAGGUAGUUGAGACAUUUUGAAAUGUUCUUUUUUUUUGAAGUAACCACUGGGGCAAAAUGUUAUUUGUCUGAAUGUCUUCUAUCUGGUGUUUCAAAGAGAUAAUAACUCAUUGGGAAAAAUCACUGUCUAAUUUUAUCCUUUCAAAAGUGUUUUUGCUUGUUAACCAAAUACUGCAGUGUACCCGGGCGUUCCUGGGUUACAAAUGAUCUUACUUAUGAAAAUCUGAGCAUUUUUAAAGCAGGUAAUAAUAAAAUAUUUCAUGGUGU